AAGUCUGUUUGCUUGGCUGAAGCUGUGUCAGCAGCAGCAUAUUUCGCUUCUGCCUCGUGUGAAAUCAACAAAACUCAAGUCGGAGCGCAAAUGGCUGCUUUAAUAUCGUUGUCACUUUGGUGUAUUUGGUUGUCUAUCUUGAUUCUACUUUCAGCGGCCUCUAAAGACCCAAACCCCAUCACAGCUAAGCCUGGAGAGAACGUCACUCUGAGAUGUCAAGCUCCAAACAACAACAUCCUAGUUGUGGAGUGGAGGAAAGCUGACCUGAAGGAAGAAUAUGUCCUUUUGUACCGGGAUGGUCACUUAUAUCCUGAUGACCAACUUUUAUCUUUUAAGAACCGGGUGGAUUUGCAGGACAGACAGAUGAAGGAUGGAGACGUGUCUUUGAUUCUGAAGAAUGUUACUAUUAAUGACACUGGAACAUACGAGUGUCGUGUCUUCAUGAGAGGAGCAAACCGCAGAAAGAGAGCUAAUCUGGAUGGUGACCCCAGCAACAUCCUCUACCUGAGUGUUGAUCCUCCAG